CUCUCAUUCGUCAACUGAUCGCAGACCCAUCAUGGCGGCCGUAGUAUAUGGGAACAGUCCUCGGCACAGCAGCCGGCAUCAUCAGGGUCACCUCCUGUCGCAGCACUCGCCGUACCAUUCACAGUCCUCGGUGCAGACAGUGUCGCAGCAUCACUCACUGCCACCGCCGCCGGUCCACCAUCAUUCGUCUCCACCGUCGCAAAUCAUCACUCCGCCGACCUCGUACCUCUCGUCGGCCACGACAGCCAUUUCAUCGCAACAGCAGCAGCAGCAACAACAACAGCAACAACAGCAACAGCAACAGCAGCAACAAGCAUCGCCCGUCUCCCUGUACUACCAUCACGCACAGUCCGCGUCACUUCCGCCGCAGCACUCGCAAACGCUCAGCAGCUACCAUCAGCUGCGCAGCUCGAAGCGGAAGUCGGCCGUCGAGUUGCUGGCCGAAAGUAAACCAUUCUACGUGAAAUCGGAAACGGUUCUCGAUCGUCAGCAGCAGCUAAUGAACAAGCGCGCCGGCGGUGGUACCGCUGGAACGGUUAGUGGCGCCGGUGGCGGCGGUGGCAGUGGGGAUGGUGGAGGAUCUGCUACGUUGAGCGGAUCGUCAGAUAUGGUAUCACCCUCAAGGACACUGCCAUCGUCCACGGUCAGUCAAUCGCUGCAGCAACAUGUACAGCAGCAGCAGCAGCAACAGCGACCCGCGAGCCGCCGCAGCGCCUCAUCCGGGUCCGAUCUGUUGCAAACCAAGCUCCGCAAGUUGCUCAACGCCUCCGACAGCAAAGAGACAAUAAUGUCGCCCACGGACGUGGGAAUAAUCAAUUCUAAAUACGGCCAACCGCUCGAAACGAGCUACAUCGGAACGGGGAUGGUCGGCGGCGGGGGCCUCGAUGACAUCGGGUACAUCCAGCCGCCGAAGAACUACCAGCAGCAGCUGACCGUUCACCCAGAGCAGCCGAGCGACGUAUCUGUGUUCUUCCCGAGUGCGUUUCUGUCGCCCCAGUCACUCCCGCCACACCCCGGCGGAGAUGACGAACUCUAUCUGUACGGCGGAUUGCACGAUAGCCUGGUGCUGACCGACGAUUACCGUGCCAUCAGCCCACCGGCCGAGUACGCCGAGCACGGUGGCGGUGGCCACACGGGCCACGGAGGUUCGCCCGAGAACAAACACUCCGGUGGCGGCGGAGGCCACGGCCGCUACAAUUAUCAACGGUCGUACUCGCACUCGCAAGCGGUGGUCACCUCGUCCGGCCACCAUCCGACCGACGAGUCCGACUACUCGCCGACGCAAUCGUACAAUAUCAACAGCCACAAAUCGCUGCCGGAUCUGCAUUCGCAGAGCAGUCGCCACUCGCCGCACUCCGAAGCCCUCAGUUGCUGCAGCCGCGGCAAUCGCUCGAACCGCUCCGGCAGCUCGUUCAACCGUGAUUCCGGGGGUUCCUCUGGCCAUUACACUCACCACAGUGAACCGUGCUGCAAGCAGCAGCUGGCGCAGCAGCAGCAACAGCAACAACACCAGCAGCAACAGCAGCAACACCAACAGCAACAGCAGAUGAUGAUGAUGCAGCAGCACCAGCAACAUCUGCUGCAACAUCAGCAGCACUAUCACCCGCAGCAACAGCAACAGCACCACACGCAACCGGGCACUGGCUCGCAACAGCCAAACGACCCGUGCAUGAUGAUGCUGGGCGACUAUCGGCGGGACAGUGGCUCCUCGACGCAGCACAGUGGCAACUCGUACUACGCGUACGGCAUUCCUCCGCUGCGGUACGACUGCAUCGAGUGCCGUGCCAAGAUUCGCGAGGAAGCGGACUGUUUGCUCAACUUCCCCACGCCCGAGGUGCCGGAAGCGUUCCAGGAUGGCUACAGCGAGAAACAGCAGCAGCAGCUUCAGCAGCAAAAGCACCAUCAAAAGUACUCGUACGACGACCGCUCCGGCAACGGCGGUGGUGGCGGUAGCGCCGGUAACAGAAAGUACUACAAAAGUCCCGGUCCGCCGAUGUCGCCCCUGUCGCCAGUGGCCCCACUUUCACCGCCCGACCAGCAGCAGCUCGAUCUGAGUCCUCCGCUGGGAACGUUUAAGCGGCAAAAGUGUUUGCGCUUCAAGAACCGCAGUGGGCGGCAGUCGGCCGUUAGCAACCCAUCCGCUUCCGGCGAUCGCCGAUGUGGGCCAGGGGGUGGCGGUGGUUCCAGUGCCAGCGCGGGCGGGGGCCAAGUGGAAGACGACCGUCGGCCGAUUCUGCGCUCGAAGAGUGACAUUAGCGAUCGCUACUGGAACCGCAGUCAGCCACCGGAACGCUCGGAACGCGACGGAAGCGGUGGCACCUUGGUCGGAGACGGCCGUGAUCACCGCGAAAGACGCGAGCGUGAGCGUGCCCGUGAGUGCGACCGUGAUCGUGAUCGGGAGCAGCACAGCAAGCAGUUGGAGAAGCAACGCUCGCGCUCCGACAGCCUGACCCAGCUCGAGCGUUUCUUCGAUCGGUUGGGUCUGGACGAGGAAACGUACGAUCGCUACAUUGCGCCGGGUGUCCUCAAGGGCCAAGGGCAGCAGCAGCAGCAGCAUCACCGCCGUUCGUCGGGUAGCUACCAUCAUAGCACUUCCGCUUCGUCCGAUAUCCACCGCCUGUCGGAUGACUGUACCGGCGGCGGUCCGGGAGCCGAUUCGGACGAAUCGAGUGCGGUCUUCUUUUCGGACGUGUCGACGAUCGAUUCGACCAAACUGCCCGACAGCACCGAGCAGACGGUGGUGGGUCAAGGCGUGACCGGAGCAGGCGGACCGGCGGCCGCCGGUGCUCCUCCCGGACAGCCUAUCGACGUCGGCGGAGUGCUGGUCGGAGCACCCGGAAACGGAGCAGCGGCACCGGGUGCGGGGGGACCCGGUGGUGCCCUGUACCGCACCAGCGAACCGCCGUCGAUCAUCGAGCGCAAUGCCCGCAUCAUCAAGUGGCUGUGCAACUGCAAGAAAAUGCAGCUCGCCUAG